AUUAACUUCAAAAUACUCCGCAAACAAUACAGUACAGAAAUGGCCACUUUCCCGCGCUCUCUUCUGCUCGUCCUUUUCCUCCUCGUCAUCAAUCCCACACCUUCUUCUUCCCUUUUCCUCCCACUUUUUCAGUACGAAACCGCUAUCUCCCUAACUCACACACUCUUCAACCGCGUCGCCGACCACCGCGCCGCACGCGGCGAUGUUCUCGGCGCUGCCAGGGUACGGUCAAUCGCCAAAAUCAUAAAUCAAGCGCGUGGGAUGGGUUUUUGGAAGAUGAUGUGGAAUCACGGACGGUCCUUCGUCCGGAACUUGUUCAAUUUCAACUUGCUGGUCAGAACUUUGGGAGAGUUAACUCGGGUCGGGUCGGAAGAGGAUAAGGAAAAGUUAGCGAAUCGGAAUAACGGAAAUGCCAUCGGAAUUGCUAAUGAUUUGUCUGGUAGAAUGCAGAAGGCGUUUGGUGAAUCUGGUGCUUUUGCGGAAUUAAUGGAGCUGGUCAGGAAGGAGGUUGUGGAGGGUGACUUGUUGAAGGACUGCCUGCGGGUUGGUGGAAGCGAUUUGAAAGCAUUGAUCCAAAUUUUGAAGAAUAUUUCUUUGCAAUUAACUAAUUCCUCUCCUUCCAACCAAACAGAUAUGUGAAUUAGCCUGAAAACUACAUUUCUCUAGUUUUUUUUGGUAUUGUACUGCCUAAUUUACUGCUUUCCUUCUGCGAAUGAAAAACAUUGCCUAUCUCCCUACUUUAUUGUUACGAGUGAACUUAGUGAGCAACGUCAUAUAUAAACUAGUAAUUUGCUCGCGCUUUGCGUGAAUGUAAUGUGCCCAACUUUCAAUUGUAAUGAAUUGUGUCAAAUGUGUUCAAGAUAAGUAUUU